AUGAAGCCAGGGCCCCGGCCGCCGCUGGAAGGCCCCGCGAGAGGUAGCUCCGCCAGGAACCGCACGCAGGGCGGUCGGCGGCGGGCCGGGCGCAGAACAAAGGGUGUGCGGGGAAAACGCGAGCGGCGGGGCGGCGCUGCCAGCCAAGUGCGUGCCCAGGCGCUCCGCAAGGCUCCUGGUCCUGACCCGCUCCUCAGAUCCGAGCUCGGACCAAAGGCCUGGGGCGGGCGGGCGCCGAGCCUGCGGGGGUUGCAUCCCGCAAAGGGGCGGCGCCUCCACCCAGGAGCAGGAACAAAGGCCUCCGAAGGUGCCCGCGUGCUGCCUUGUUUCCUCGGCGCUCGCGUGCGUCGGCCGGGCCUGGCCCGUCUGCCAUCAGCGGGGCCCCCGGCUGGAUGCGUGGCCACGCUGUUUCACAGCGCAGCGUCCCCUUGCCCCAAUGCGCCCCAAAAUGCAUCCAGCCCUCCCCCGCAGCGCGGCCUUCCUUCCCCGCGCUGUCUGCUUCCUCGGUUCCCGGCUGCGUCCGCCCGGCCGCCCCGCCCCCUCCCACCCUUGCAGACCCGCCGUGGCCGCUGCGCUGGCGGGAAGAGGAAGACACGGCAGCUGGCGGGCGCACCCGGUGACCCGCCCAACUCCGAGACUCGCAGCCGCGGGUCUAGAGCCGGCACGCGGCCACGGGCAAUGGCCCGGCUCCCCUGCCAGACGCUCGCGGGCCAUGGAGGCGGAAGGGCCACGCUGCCCCGAGAGCAAGACCAAGAGUGCACCUGCCAAGUGAAUGUCCCCUCAGACUUGCACCCUCCCUCCAGUACUCAUUGAGGCUGU